AAAAUGUAACAAUGCGUGGUUCGGCUUCACACCAGAAACGGGAGAAUAUACAACAAAGUUAAGCUAGCAGGAAGAUAAAAGACGAGUUUUUACAUUUAAAUGUGAUUAUUUUCACUUAUUUAUUAACUGAAGGCGCCGGCCAUGAGGAGGGGGAAUGAUUCAGAACGUCAUCCGCCAGCUUCCAAGCUAACUGGCUGCCUCCAUCUUGUCAUCGACACGUAAAGAAUACACCGGUAGCUGGCUAACGCUAGGCCCCGGGAACAUGCCGGUCAGUCGGCGUGACUUUACUACAAUGCUUCUACUAUCUCCACAACCUCUUAUUUUACAUUAGAAAGACCUGCAAAUGACUCGCAAGUCCAGAGUACAAAGUUUGAGAAGCCAGGUGCAACAUCUCAGAACCUGGUGAGGGAGUCAUGUCGUGGAACCAAGAGGACUUCUUGAGGUCUGACACAGGUGAUUAAAAAGCCGCUGGAGUGCCUGUAAUGGUGUGGUGCGUUCAGGUGCUUCCCGUCAGCUCCUCUUCCCUCUGUGCGGAAGUCGGAAAUACAGCAUAUGGAUGUCGAUUGUCAGCGUCGUUGCCAGGGAGAUCUUGGACUCCCGGGGAAACCCGACAGUGGAAGUGGACGUUCACACAGAGAAAGGUCUGUUCAGGGCUGCGGUGCCCAGCGGAGCGUCCACAGGGAUCUACGAGGCUCUGGAGCUCAGAGAUGGAGACAAGAGCCGCUACAAGGGAAAAGGUGUUUUAAAGGCAGUCGGUCACAUCAACGAUACUCUGGGUCCCGCUCUCAUAGCCUCUGGCAUCAGUGUGGUGGAGCAGGAGCAGUUGGACAACAUGAUGAUUGAGAUGGACGGCACAGAAAACAAAUCUCAGUUUGGAGCCAACGCCAUCCUGGGAGUGUCUCUAGCCAUCUGUAAGGCCGGUGCAGCAGAGAAAGACGUCCCCCUGUACCGCCACAUAGCCGACCUGGCCGGGAACACAGAGCUGGUGCUUCCUGUUCCUGCCUUCAAUGUGAUCAAUGGAGGAUCUCAUGCAGGAAACAAACUGGCCAUGCAGGAGUUCAUGGUUCUGCCUGUUGGAGCUGAAUCUUUCAAGGAGGCGUUGAGGAUAGGAGCGGAGCUCUAUCACACACUGAAGGGAGUGAUCCAGGAGAAAUACGGACAGGACGCCACCAACGUGGGAGACGAGGGAGGAUUCGCCCCGAACAUCCUGGAGAACAGUGAAGCUCUGGAUCUCCUGCAGACGGCCAUAGAGAAGGCUGGUUUCACGGAGAAGGUGGUGGUCGGGAUGGACGUGGCUGCCUCAGAGUUUUACCGUGACGGAAAGUACGACCUGGACUUUAAAUCUCCUCCCGACGCAGCGAGACACAUCUCCGGAGAGGAGCUGGCCGACAUCUACCAGGGCUUCGUCAACAACUACCCAGUGGUUUCCAUCGAGGACCCGUUCGACCAGGACGACUGGGAGGCCUGGUCCCGUCUGACGGCUCGGGUGGGGAUCCAGGUUGUGGGCGACGACCUGACUGUGACAAACCCAAAGAGGAUAGAGAAAGCCGCAGAGGAGAGAGCCUGCAACUGUCUGCUGCUCAAAGUCAACCAGAUCGGCUCCGUCACCGAGGCCAUACAGGCGUGUAAACUGGCCCAGGCGAACGGUUGGGGUGUGAUGGUCAGCCAUCGUUCAGGAGAGACAGAGGACACCUUCAUCGCUGACCUGGUGGUGGGACUCUGCACUGGACAGAUUAAGACUGGCGCCCCCUGCAGAUCUGAGAGGCUCGCCAAGUACAACCAACUGAUGAGGAUCGAGGAGGAGCUCGGCGACCAGGCUCGCUUCGCAGGCCACAACUUCAGGAACCCCAGCGCCCUGUGAAGCUGACAGACACAUGAAUGAUUCACACAAACACACACACUCUCUUUCUCACACACACACACACACACACACAAACACACGUAAACUGACGGACACGACACACACAUGCAAGAGCCAUGUACAGUGAAUGAUCACACACAGACUCAUGAAGACACACAGGAGCGACAGAGCCAAGCAAAAAAAAAUACAAUAAGAUAGAAACCAAUCAAUUAUGCACUGGACUUAAAGGUAGGGAGGUGAUGCUGUAUGCACACAAACACACACAUUUAGAUAGAGAACACGCGCUCAUGCACAUGCAGGGGAGUACCAUCAAAAUGUCAAAUCUACAAGCCAGACAUGCACUGUUACUGUAGUUUUAAAGGGAUAGUUCAUGUACAGCCAGAGGACUACAACAAAGAUUAUUGAUGUACAAACAGAGAUUAAUACGUAGAGAUAUAAUAGAAACAUGUAGACUGACGCACGCAACUGAAAGAGACACACCAAAAGAGGACGAUGCACCUGCAGAGAGAAACACACUAACAGCAGUUUCAGGGACUGAGUGAAAAACCACACACACACCUGAACACGUCACAAACCUGCACUCUCACUCCUGUCCUCCUCGCUCCCUCUUUUUGUCUCCUUUUCUUCUUCUUCUUCUUCUUCUUCUUCUUCUUCUUGUCGUGUCCAUAUCUGAGUUCUCCCUCCCCGCCCCUGAUGUGAAUCUGAUGAUUUGUCAUUUCUGCUUGAAGUCCAAAAAAGAAAAAAAAAGAAGACAGAUGAAACCCUGAGUCCCUCCUCCGUCCCCCCUCCGCCCCCCCCUCCGUCCCUCCUGAAUGUCCAUAGAUUAGCCGUCGAAAUAAAGAAGAAAGAGAAUAAAAAAACGGAACGCUUGUCAUUGAAAAUAAUGUGAAAAAA